UUUUUUUUCUUUGAGGUGUACAGGAAGUUGUACCCUCUUCGCUCUCUCUGCGAAAAGGAAACUUGUGUGUGGCGGUGGUGUGUCUGAGUGGUUCCGAUCGGUGGAAAAAUGGCAGAUACGGUUGCACUUUUCACUUCCAUUGGGCUCAGUGAGCAGAAAGCGAAAGAAACGCUGAAAAAUGAAGCGCUGAGUUGUGCCUUGAAGGACGCAAUUGUUCAGGCCCAGCGAGUCCGUGGGGCAUCAGGAGUAGACAAAGCCAUGGGCACGUUGCUGUACAGUAUGGCAUCUCGCCUUAAAGACACCAACCGCCUGGCUUUCCUUUCAGACUGCAUAGUUCAGUGCAAACUCACCACAGAGCUACAGCUGGCAGCUGCACUUGACUUUGUGAAGAGUCAUCCUCAGGACCCCAUCAACCAGAGGGAGUUUGAAGAAGCAUGCGGAGUGGGCGUGGUCAUAACACCGGAGCAAAUUGAGGAUGGAGUGGAAUCGGUGAUCAAGAAGCACAAGGAACAGCUGUUAAAGGAGAGGUACCACUUCAACAUGGGACUGCUGAUGGGAGAGGCACGCUCGGCCCUUAAAUGGGCUGAUGGAAAGGUCGUCAAAAAUGAGGUGGACAUGCAGGUCCUACACCUCUUAGGACCCAAGACCGAGGCUGACCUGGAAAAGAAACCUAAGCCCCAGAAAGCUAAAGUCGCAGAGAAUGAGGUAAAGGCAAAGAAAGAGGAGGUGGCAGUGAAUGGCGAGGCAAUGACUGGGGAGGGAAAGUCACUCAUGGAGCAGCUCAGAGGAGAAGCACUGAAGUUCCAUAAACCAGGAGAGAACUAUAAAACUGAGGGCUAUGUGGUCACACCAAAAACAAUGGACUUGCUUAAAAAGCACAUGGAGAUCAUUGGUGGACAGAUACGUACUCGUUUUCCUCCUGAGCCCAACGGUAUCCUUCACAUUGGACACGCCAAAGCUAUCAACUUUAAUUUUGGUUAUGCAAAGGCAAACAAUGGAAUUUGUUUCUUGAGGUAUGAUGACACCAAUCCAGAGAAAGAGGAGGAGAAAUACUUCACUGGGAUCAAGGACAUGGUGGAGUGGCUUGGCUACGAACCUCAUGCUGUCACGCAUGCAUCCGACAACUUUCAGCAACUCUACGACCUCGCUGUGGAUUUAAUUCGCAGGGGUCACGCGUACGUGUGCCACCAGAAAGGGGAGGAACUGAAGGGCCAUAACGUUCCUCCAUCCCCCUGGAGAGACCGACCCAUUGAGGAGUCGCUGGUGUUGUUUGAGAGGAUGAAGAAGGGGCUGUUUGCUGAGGGAGAGGCUACGCUCAGGAUGAAGAUGGUCAUGGAGGACGGGAAGAUGGACCCCGUGGCAUACCGAAUCAAAUACACGCCACACCAUCGGACAGGAGAUGAAUGGUGCAUCUACCCCACUUACGACUACACCCACUGUCUGUGUGACUCCAUUGAAAAUAUCACACACUCCCUCUGUACCAAAGAGUUUCAGGCCAGGCGUUCAUCAUAUUACUGGCUGUGUAACGCUCUGGAUGUGUACUGCCCAGUUCAGUGGGAAUAUGGCCGCUUGAACCUCACCUACACUGUUGUGUCAAAGAGGAAAAUCAUCAGACUGGUAGAGACUGGAGUUGUCAGGGACUGGGACGAUCCCCGACUCUUCACUCUGACUGCUCUGAGGAGAAGAGGUUUCCCAGCAGAGGCAAUUAACAACUUCUGUGCUCGGGUCGGAGUCACAGUUUCCCAGACGACGACAGAGCCCCACCUUCUGGAAUCGUGUGCGAGGGACGUGCUGAACGACACGGCACCCAGAGCCAUGGCUGUGUUGGAACCACUUAAAGUCACCAUAACUAACCUCCCUGAGAACUCAAAGGCAGAAGUACGAGUGCCAGACUUUCCUGCCAACGAGGCCAAGGGCAGCCACACCGUCCCAUUUACACAUACAAUCUACAUUGAACAGAGUGACUUCAGAGAGGUAUUGGAAAAGGGUUACAAGCGUUUGACCCCGGAACAGCCUGUAGGUCUGAGGCACGCUGGGUAUGUCAUCUCUGUCCAGAAGGUCAUCAAGGACACUCAGGGGAAAGUGGUUGAGCUGGAGGUGAGCUGUUGCAAUUCUGAGACCGCAGAGAAACCAAAGGCCUUUAUCCACUGGGUCAGCCAGCCAUUGGUGUGUGAAGUUCGCCUUUAUGAAAGACUAUUCCUGCACAAACAUCCAGAGGAUCCGUCUGAAGUGCCCAAUGGCUUCCUGAGUGACAUCAAUCCUAAUUCCCUGCAUGUGAUCAGCAGUGCCUUAGUGGACACCUCAGUAAAGGGAGCAAAGGUUUUUGACAAAUUCCAGUUUGAGAGAGUCGGCUACUUCUCCCUGGAUCCCAACAGCACUGCAGACAAGCUCGUCUUCAACAGAACAGUCACCCUCAAAGAAGACCCUGGGAAGAUCUAAUUGACAGAGAUCAAGCUGCUUCCCAUGAGCCCACAGAUACAUGUCCAAAUUGUUUGCAUCAAUUAAUGUGUAACAUCAGCAAGGGCACAGACUGCUCAAGUUGAGAUUGACUCCGAAAAGAUACCGUAAUAAUUACAUGUCCAUAUUUUAUUUCAAACUGCAGUUCUCUUUCAUGGAUCUGUCUUGCUAAACUUGGAAUAAUAAUAAUAAUUGCAUUUCUUAAUUGUCGGCUGCGAAAACAAAAUGACUGCAGUAUCACUUUGCGCAAUCUCAACCUUGGCCACUCAGUGUCAGAGUCCUCUUGACUCUUUUUUUCUAUAUCUGCUGCAAUAAUAUUCAAUUACAGUGUUUCUUCUUUGUUGAGUGGAUGCAACUCUGAUCACUGCUCAACAAGGACGACGUGUAUGUUAUAGUAAUAUUGGCUUGACACUGGUGUUACACAGGAGGUGCUCUCAAAUGGCAUGCGUGACUUUCUUACAAAGGCGCUAGAUCCUCGCCAAACCAUAAUGUGUUUUUUAGACUCAGAGGGGUGAACGUGUGUCAUUUUGACACGUGGCAAGAAUAAAAACUAUAAAAUAAAAAUACAGCAAUGUC